AACACCAGAGAAGCCUUCAAACUCCGAAGCCUUCAACCCAAACUUACACAGCAAGUUCUACCACUUCCAAUAUUUGUUGUAUUAGUCAUGGGUAUGCGUCUGCCAUCCAUGCUUUCCAAUGCCAAGCAGCUUCUCAAACUGCACUCGAUGCAGACAAGAAAUCAGUCAGGCGUUCCAAAAGGCCAUAUUGCAGUCUAUGUGGGAGAGAUCCAAAGAAAGAGGUUUGUGAUUCCCAUAUCAUACUUGAACCAUCCUUCAUUCCAAGACCUGCUUAGCCGAGCUGAGGAAGAGUUCGGAUUCAAUCAUCCAAUGGGUGGCCUUACCAUUCCAUGCAAGGAAGAUGCCUUCAUCGAUCUCACUUCCCAGUUGCAUGCCUCGUGAAAGAUGAAAGAAUGAACAGCAGUCCUAUACAAUUUUGACAUUUUUUUUUUCUAUUCUCAAGUAGAUGUAUACUUUACAACAUGUAAAUGAAUGAGCAGGAGUAAAUUGCUCUGCCAAAAAGAUAUCAAUCAGAUAUGAAGUUCUUGC